UCAUUAUGGUAAUAGACUACAGGUACAAAAGCACAAGAGUCAAGUUCACAUUUGCAUCACAUUGCGACCAGAGAAAAAUGGUUUACAUGUGAUACAUCACCAUCUGCAUGGCUGAGAGGUAAGGUAUGCUGAACUGAACGGAAACAUUUAUUAACUAUCUUUUGAAAUGGCAAAACACUUCCCUUUCGGUAUUUGUAGUAAUGUUUCCAACGAAUAUGCAAAAGUCAUUUUAAUACAUUUUAUCAAGUGACAAAAAUACAGUACUUGAAUUUGUUUAAUUAAAUCACCCAACAUAAUGUAAUAAUUUCCAACUAAUAUUCUGUAAUUGAUGUUUACAUCUAUAGUAAUAAUGUGACAAUAAUGUAUCUCUCGUAUUUCAGAUAAGAUUCUUUCAACCACGACCAUGGAACGAGGAAUCAGUCUCAGCAAGGCUGAUAUUGUUGAGAAUAUAUUUCUAUGUUUUGAGUCAGUGAAUGGGUCUUGCAAAAGAUCAAUCUUUCCUCCAACAAUACGAGUAUUACUUUAUCUCUUACUUGGCUCAAUGUCUGUUCUCACAGUGUGUGGCAACCUUCUUGUAAUCAUCCCCAUCAUUCACUUCAAACAGCUCCACACCCCAACCAACUACCUCAUCCUCUCUCUGGCUGUGUCAGACCUUCUCUUGGGGGUUUUAGUGAUGCCUCCCAGAAUGGUAUACUCAGUGGAAAGCUGCUGGUAUUUUGGAGAUUUAUUCUGUCAAAUCUACACCAGCACUGAUGUUAUGUUGUGCAAUACAUCCAUUCUUAACUUGUGUUUUAUUUCUAUUGAUAGGUAUUAUGCAGUGUGUCGCCCUCUCCUUUAUAGAACUAAAAUAACUGUUCAUGUUGUUCUGAUUAUGAUGCUGGUCACCUGGACGGUUUCUGCCGUUGUAGGGUUUUGUAUGAUAUUUCUGGAGCUCAAUAUUUGGGGCAUGGAGGAUUUUUACUAUAAUAAUGUUGCCUGUGAGGGAGGAUGUAUUUUGUUUCAAAACAAAGUGUCGAGUAUUGUGGCUUCGGUGAUCUCAUUCUACAUCCCAGGAGUAGGGAUGCUUAGCAUCUACCUAAAGAUUUUCCUAAUAGCACAGAGACAGGCACGCUCAAUUCAGGGUACAACCAAUCAGAACUCAGUAGGCAAAUCACAGAGGAAGGCCACCAAAACACUUGCUAUCAUUAUGGGGGUAUUUCUAUCAUUCUGGACACCCUUUUUUGUUGUCAACUGCAUUGAUCCUUUUAUUAGUUACUCUACCCCACCCGUUUUGUUUGAAACACUUGUAUGGAUUGGCUAUUUGAAUUCAACAAUUAAUCCCAUGGUGUAUGCAUUCUUUUACAGUUGGUUCAGGAGGGCGUUUAGAAUUAUAAUUUCUGGUCAAAUAUUUCAACCUGACUCUUCAGAAAUACAAUUGUUUUCAGAAUAAAUACAGUGAGCUCCAAAAGUACUGAGACAAUGACACAUUUUUGUUUGUUUUGGCUCUGUUCUCCGGCACUUUGGAUUUUAAUUGAUACAUUGACUAUGAGGUUAAAGUGCAGACCGACUUAUUUCAUUUGAAGGUAUUACACAUUUGUACAUAGUCUUUUGUACAUAGUCCCCCCAUUUUAGGGGACCAAAGUAUUGGGACGAAUUCACUUAUAUGUGUAUUAAAUUAAGGUUUUUUGUCCCACAUUCAUUGCACGCAACAGUGACUACAUCCAGCUUGGGACUCUACACACUCUUAUCAAUAGAAAUGAAUAGUAAAUAAUGUAUUGUGUAAUUUUGGAGUCACUUUUACAGGAAGUAAGAAUAGAACAC